GGCGGUCCCGCGCGAGGGAAGCGCCGUGUCGCCCACGCGGAUCCCACCAAAGUUAGACCUUCCUUCCCCUAACUGCUGGACAGCCCCGGCUGGUUGAUUUUCUUACUUCUGUCUGAAAUCUGCCUUAUAACUUCACAAGUUUUCAGGAGAAGAUCACUGUGUUUCACUUGGAUAGGAAUAUUGCAGCUGCUUCAUAGCAGGAAGAUACUAUGUGUAUUACAGCUUAAUUCUGUUCUACUUUAAACCUAGAUAAAGGAUGAAGACUGUCUGUACAAUUUUGAUUACCUCUUCUAGGGUUCAAAAGAGAGAAUCAUUUUCCCUGACCUUCAUUUGCUAAUGGCUCAGCUUGAUCUAACCUGUAUACAGUAAACGUGCUGUUAAACAAAAAUUCUAGUAGGAAGAACCGUCUCAAUGUCUAAAAUUCCUUUGCCCCUGCUGGUAUCAGUGGCUCUUAGUAAGCAGCUAAAAUUUGGACUACGCAAAGUAACGAGAGCUAUUCACAAGAAGCUUGUACGUGAAUGGACACUUCUGCCAUCCUCUUAAAGGAGAUGAGAUGAAGGACCCUUCGCAAUGACAGCUCUGCAAGCUCCAAAUAUGAGAAACUCGUGCGUGUGGAGUCUUACGCUUUGUCUCCAGAAUGACCUUCACUCCUGUUAGGCUAAUUUCACCCGUUGCCACAAGUUUUGCUUUUGGGAUUUAGUCCAUCACUAGCCACGGAAGUCUUGCAUAAAUCACUUUUUCUCUCUUUUUCCCCCCUCUAUUUUACACAAAGACUGUUAAUAGAACUGUUAGUGGAAUAAGCGAAGCCAGUAUUCACAGGGUCUAACAGUGUACUUAUAGCACCUUUUGUCCCAAAAUGCCUUACAAAUGCCAUACAGCACGCAUGUCCCAGCGUGCAACUCGUCAUGAAAUUUCCUUUCACUUAGGUAUCACCUUAGCUUCCCAAAUUGACUGUUAGGGACGUUUCAGCAAAUAGCACCUCAUACAGUAAGUCAGACGCCGCCCAAAGGUGCCUUUCAGAGCUGAGAGCUUUCUCCGCAAACGCAUUCAGAGCUAAGGAGACCAUGCGCGCACCGUGCGUGUUGACGCCGUACACCUAACGGGAGCACCGGGACGUAACUGGGGGAAUGGCAGAAGGAGGGCACGCUGGCGCUCCUCCUGUCCGGCUGUGGGUGCGACGCGUGGGUGUUUACUGCGAUGAGCACCGCAAAACGUGGCUCGUGGCUGCGGAAGAGGAGGAAGGUAUGCUGAGGGCUCGGAUCCAAAGAGUUCAGGUUCCCCUGGGUGAGGCGCUGCGACCCAGCCAGCUCCCCCCAUCCCGGCUGCCUCAUAUGUGGCAGCUGUCCCAGGGUGAGCAGUACAGGGAUAGUAACUCUCGCGUUUGGGAGAUAGAGCACCAUCUCAUGCUUGGUGGUGUUGAAGAACUGCUGCUUAAACUCGUGCCUGGUGAUUAAUCUGGAGCAGUGGCUCUAGGAAGAUGUCCUUGUAUGUUUUGUACAAUAAAUGAUUCUCUCUCCACUGAAAUGCAGCCACCUCUGAGGUGGAAG